AUGUACAAAAGAAUUGUAUUGUUAUGCGCAGUACUUUUGUUUGCAACAGCUGUCAUAUUGGCAGAGGAUGCAAAACCAGUCGAUACUUAUGGAGAACAUAAACAGUAUUGCUAUCAGACAUGUAAAAGAUAUGAAACUAAAAAAGGAAAGUGUAGCGAUUACGAGUGGAUUGGAACCAGGAAGGAAUGUUGUGCUUGGAAGACUGUUGGUGCUGGAAAAUGUUUGAAGUAUAAGAGACACAGCAAGUGCAUUUCUUGGAGUCAACCAAGAAAAUUGUGUUUGGGUCAUGGAUACAAGCAAAUUUGUAAAUAUCACAAGAGAGAAAAAUAUUGCGUCAAAUACGGAUGGAAACAUCAAUGCGUUGGAAAGGGCAAGAAUCAUCACUGUGCCGAAUAUGCAUAUCACUUCAUUUGUACUAGAUACGACAAGAAGCAUCUCUGUACAAGUUAUAUCAAUGUUCCAAAGACAUCCUAUUAUCACAAGACCAAAUGUAUCAGAUACAAGAUUAAGGCCAAAUGUGACUCUUAUAAACAAGUCUGUAAAUGCCAAAAGAAGUGGAAGAAGGUCACUAAGAGACACUACAAGGGAUGGAAUGAUACUUAUUAUCGUGGUUAUUGCAUCAAGAGGUGUCACUCAAUUUGUAAGAAAUUCUCCAAGAAGAGAUACUGCGUUGACACCAAGAACGUUCGUUUCGCUCGUAAAAAGAAGUAUGUCAGAAAGUGCAACAAGUUUGUCUUCAAGAAGUUCUGCGUUGCUCAAAAGAAGGCUCGUUUUUGUACCAAGUGGGCCAAGACCAAAUUCUGUAACGUUCAUAAGAGAGUUAGAUAUUGUAAGAUGCAUAGACAUAGAAGAUUCUGUGCUCAUUAUAAGGCAGUUCCAUUCUGUACUCAACAUCACAAGACCAAGCGUCACUGUAAGAAGAGAAAGCACUGGAGGAAUUGUGCUGUUACAUCUAAAGGUAUCAGAGUUUGUAAGAAGUACCGAUUCGUUGGUGGUAAAUUACACUGUGCUAAACAUGGAGAAUACACCAAGUGCGUUGAGCAUGAAACUAAAUGUACUCCUAUUGACAAGUAUAUUCCAAAGAAGGAGGAAUAUGAGAAGAAGUAA